AUUCCGUCUCAUUCGUCAGCGCGAAAUACAAUGGCGGCGACUGGAUAGGAAGUCUAGCGAAAAAGUUUUCUUUUCUCGGCGGUCGUCAAUGGAACGAGCGAAAAAAUCGCCAAGUGAAGUGUUUUUCGUUAUCGACGUUGCUGAAUCGCCGUGUGAGAAUCAUUUUUCCGCUACUGGUUGUGCGGGCGUCGCGCGCAAACGUCAAGCUUCCGAGAAUUAAAUGUUGUGCAUCGAUUUCGGUCGAAGAAGUCUUUUUAUUUUCGUUCACAAAUGGAAAUUGAAGUGUGUGCAUGAGGAGGAGUCUCAAGCGCGGCGGAAAGAUUGUUUCAAUUGAGCCUCUGUGUGCCGCAGGUUGCUGUCGCCGUCGAGGUGGUUCACGGAGCGCUCCUACCUCAGCCACUGCAUUUAUUGCAACCACAAGUAUUUGGGCUCGCCCGAGAGGCUGCCCGGACCCCGAACGAAUCUUGCACCUCGCGUUGACGCGACUCAGGACUUCCUGCGGAGUAUUUUGAAUUUUUGCUUGACUUCAACGCUUCUCCCAGCUGAUGGUAUCCGCGAGCGGCCGUAGGUCCCGGACAAGCGACAGCGGAAUUCAGUUUGAAUAAAAAUUACUCCAAUUUUGAUUAUCAAAUAAUUUUAAGAGAAAAAGACAUUCACACUACGGUUAGCUUAUUUAUAAUAAUUUAAAUAUAAAGAAGAGAAAGAUGUCUAGUGAAGAGGAUAAACCACCAGCACCUCCUGUACGAUUAACUAGCAAUCGUGGCGGAGGAGAUCGCUCCGACGGCGGACCCCCCGUUGAUAUGCGGCCGUUACCCAAAGAACCAGAGGAUGCCGAUCGAAAGAAAAAGACACUGAAAAAUAAAAUCAAAGGCUCGAAACCGCUCCAUACUGAUUCAAAACCGAAUAUAUCGUAUCCAACGAAUUUCGAGCAUACAGUUCAUGUGGGAUUCGAUUCGGUGACAGGUGAAUUUACGCUGCCAAUGAAAGGCAUGCCAGAAGCAUGGGCUCGUUUAUUGAUGAAUUCAAAUAUAAGUAAACAAGAACAAAAGAAAAAUCCUCAAGCUGUUCUUGACGUUUUGAAAUGGUAUGAUAAUACCAGCAAGCAACGGCCUAAUUCCAAAUAUAUGACAAAUGCCACUACCACACACUCAGGUUCAUCACUGAGUCGCGUUAGUAGUAGUAGCCCAAGUAGUACACCAACCGAUUCUGAAUCGCAUACUGGUCCGCAAGUGAUUCCUCUAAGUCAAUCACACUCGCAUAAUUUAGUCCCCUCAUCGCAUAGUUCAACCAAUGAAGAUGACAUCGCGCCGCCACCACCGCCAAUUGCCAGUCGCCCGGAACGAACAAAAUCUAUCUACACACGGCCUAUAGAGGAGAUUCCAUCGCCGCAACAUCAACCAUUGCCACCGCAACCUCCACCAUCAGUGCCGCCAGUGCGUAUAAGUCCCACACUGAAGAGCCCUACCCUCGAUAAAAACAAGAACAAUGCCAACAACUUAACGGCGAAUGCAAAUAAUUCCAAUUUACAACAGACAAGCAACAAUGUGUCGGCGCUAACGACGUCAAAUUCAACUCUGAACAAUACCAAUAAUUUAUCAAUAAACAAUUUGCAAACGACAAAUGCAACAAUAACCGCAGGACCGCAAUCGCAACCGCAACCGCCACCACAAACUGCGCAAACGACUCCAACCAAUGAAUCGAGAGGGGCUGUGAAAAAGAAGAAAAUGACUGAUGAAGAAAUCCUAGAGAAAUUACGAACAAUCGUAAGUGUAGGCGACCCUAAUCGAAAAUACACUAAAAUGGAAAAAAUUGGACAAGGGGCGUCUGGUACGGUUUACACAGCAAUUGAAAGCUCCACUGGCAUGGAGGUCGCCAUUAAACAAAUGAAUUUAAGUCAACAACCAAAGAAAGAACUGAUUAUCAACGAAAUCCUAGUGAUGCGAGAAAACAAGCAUCCAAAUGUGGUUAAUUAUUUGGAUAGCUACCUUGUGAACGAAGAAUUAUGGGUCGUUAUGGAAUAUUUGCCAGGCGGUUCAUUGACUGAUGUUGUAACUGAGACGUGUAUGGAUGAAGGCCAAAUAGCCGCCGUAUGCCGCGAAGUAUUACAAGCUCUAGAAUUUUUACAUAGCAAUCAAGUGAUACAUAGAGAUAUAAAAAGUGACAAUAUACUGUUGGGAUUAGAUGGUAGUGUUAAGUUGACAGAUUUCGGUUUUUGUGCACAAAUUUCGCCGGAGCAAUCGAAGCGCACAACAAUGGUCGGUACACCGUACUGGAUGGCACCCGAAGUUGUAACACGAAAACAAUAUGGGCCAAAGGUGGACUUAUGGUCAUUGGGGAUCAUGGCGAUCGAGAUGGUUGAGGGGGAACCGCCUUACCUGAAUGAGAAUCCUCUCAAAGCAUUGUACCUUAUAGCAACUAAUGGUAAACCGGAAAUUAAAGAAAAGGAAAAACUUUCAACGAUAUUUCAAGAUUUUCUUGAUAAAUGUUUGGAAGUCGAUGUUGAUCGUAGAUCUAGUGCCUACGAGUUAUUAAAGCAUCCAUUCUUAAAAUUAGCACGACCUUUAGCCAGUUUAACGCCACUGAUAAUGGCAGCCAAGGAGGCUACAAAAGGCAAUUAAUAACGUAUAUAAAGUUGAAUGAGAACGUAAACAAUUCAUUCUAUAUUCACACUAAUUUAGCCAGAUUUAAUGUAUAUCUCUUUAUGUUUUUAUUUUCAUCGAGACAUUUUAUUUUCAUGUAAUGCUUUUACUGUUUACUAUUAUUUCUUUAUAUAGUAAUGAUUAGUUAUAAAAUGAAGUAAAGUAUAUUAUUUGUCAUUUAUUUUAAAGGAAACUUAAAGAAAAGCGACGAUACAAUUAUAUUUAUAUUUUUAAAUUUUUUUCUUAUGAAAAACUAUUAUAUUAUUAAAAAUAUUGUAUAAUUUGACUCAAAAUAAAAAAGAGGAAAAACAAAGUUGAAGUAAAAAUGCUUUUAGGUUUGUAAGGUAUUUGCUUGCUACUUAUUACAGAAAAUCAGUUUGUCAAUCGAAUGCCUUAUUACAUUAAAAAUAAAAUAGAAAAACUUGA